UUAUCAAAUAUUCGAAUUCUAUAAUAUACCUACUUUAUUGUGGAACUUAUUAUAUAAUUAUAAUUUAUAAAUACUAAACAAUUGUAAUCAUUAAUCAGUUGCAGUCGCAGUUUUGCCAUUUACUGUCUGUACUCGUGUACUCGUUAGUAUACUUGUCUAUACUCGUUGCUGGCUACUUUACUCAGGCAAAGUAACUUUACGGCCUCGCUCAUACCAUUCUAGUCGGCAAUCAAACAAAAUAUAUUUUAGUUUCCUGCUCUGUAUUAAUAAUGUUUAACGUAUCCAUCGUCCGAGCAGCUUUCCACGAAGCUAUGAUUCACGACGAAGACGUAGACAUUAGAAAUUAUAUAAUAGCUUAUAAGGAACUUUCCAAGUUUUGUUCUCAGCUCGGUACAAUAUUCAAUUUUGUCGUCAAAGACAUAGAAGACAAGCUCUGGCGGCUCAAUGAAUUGAUGAGGCAAGAUAAUAGUAACUUUGUAACUGUUAAAGCAAUGAUUCUUUACGAAAGAUCGAAUGGCGAGUUGGCUCACAAUUCAGGCUGUAUUACAUUAUUGCGAUUACAUCGUGGACUAGAUUUUAUCGUACAAUUUAUGACAAAGCUGUGUCAACUAGAACCCAAGGAUAGUACAUCUUCAUCUGCCAUAGAAGCGUAUGAUAUUACAUUAGCUAAACAUCAUUCAUGGUUGAUACGCACUGGUGCACGAAUGGCGAUGAAAUUUCUACCAAAUCAAGAAACUCUUUACCACCAAGCAGUUGGCGAAAGCAACCACGAAACAUCUAACACAAUGCCGGAUAUGAUAUCUAAAGCAUCAUUGGUUCACCAUAGAGUCAACAGACUUUUUUUAGAUUAUGAAAUUUUGCAUUUACCCUAAGUAUUCAAUCAAUUCCCAAUUGCCAUUUAGUAAUAUCAUGCAAUUUGUUUAAUUGCUCUGAAUUAUUAUUAGUAUAAUUAUUGUAUUAUUUUAUUUCUGAUUAUAGCUCAAUGUGUACCAUUUAAUAAUUGGAACACAAGUCCUCGGUUGUCUCAAACUUCUACUGUGAUUUUAGUGUUCUAUAUGAAUAUGUGAUUAUACCGAGUAAUUGUGAAUUCAAAAGAUUCUUAACUAUAUUUAAUAUUUAUCGUGAUUUAAAUUUUAA